GCGGCGGAGGACUGAGGAUUUCACUCUUCGCUCGUCCCCUUCAUUUAGUCCGCGGUAAAGAGGUCCGCCCAGGCAGUGUGCGGACCAGUGUGUCUCCCUCUCCAACUACCGAAUAUUUGGUUUUAAACAUAUAUACUGCCGACAUAUUUCUCUGCAGAGAGGAAUGAGCAGCAGGAUAAAUCUCCAGUGACUUUUCGGAGGAGAGAGUGGUCCCCGGUGCCAGCAGGGCAGAUAGUUGCUGUCUGCCUGUGCCGCUGCUGCGGGCAGAGGACUACAAACGCUAGCUUACUUCUGCUUAUGUCUCCUGUAUGAAAUAACAGCGCCAAGAUGGACCUGAAGGUGAUCUUGAUAUCUCUGUUGUUAGGAGUCUUUUGCUACUGUAAUCCUCAGAAAGAGGGGAACGAGUGCAUCAGUGCCAAUGCCAAACACUGUGGGGAAUGCAUCCAGGCUGGAGCCAAAUGUGGCUGGUGUGAACAGGAAAGCUUCCUCAAACAGGGUGAAGCCUUGUCAACCCGUUGUGAUGAGGUAGAGUCUUUAAAAGACAGGGGCUGUAAUGAUUCGCAAAUUCAGAAUCCAACCGGCAAGAAGUGGAUCAUCACAAACAAGCGUGUGACCAAUCGCAAAAAGGUUACUGGGGUCGAAACCAAUAAACCAAAGCCAGAGGAAAUCACUCAGAUCCAGCCCCAGAAACUCAGACUCAACCUUCGAUCUGGUCAGCCCCAGUCUUUUGACUUGAAGUUCAAACGAGCUGAAGAUUAUCCCAUUGACCUGUACUACUUGAUGGACCUGUCCUACUCAAUGAAGGAUGAUCUGGAGAAUGUCAAGAACCUGGGAACCAGUCUCAUGUUGGAGAUGAAAAAGAUCACCAGUGAUUUUCAUAUAGGUUUUGGUUCGUUUGUGGAGAAGACGGUCAUGCCUUACAUCAGCACCACUCCAUCCAAGCUGCUAAACCCAUGCACAGGGGACCAGAACUGCACCAGCCCCUUCAGCUACAAGAAUGUCUUGAGUCUGACCAGUGACGGCAAUAUGUUCAACUCUCUGGUGGGCAAGCAGCAAAUCUCAGGAAACCUGGACUCUCCAGAGGGGGGCUUUGACGCCAUCAUGCAAGUGGCUGUUUGCGGGAAGGAAAUUGGCUGGAGGAAUGUUACGCGUCUGCUGGUGUUCUCCACUGAUGCCGGUUUCCACUUUGCUGGAGAUGGCAAACUGGGAGGCAUUGUACUGCCUAAUGAUGGAAAAUGUCACUUGGAGGACAAUGUGUACACAAUGAGCCACUAUUAUGAUUAUCCCUCAAUUGCUCACCUGGUCCAGAAGCUAAGCGACAACAACAUUCAGACUAUCUUUGCAGUCACAGAGGAGUUUCAGCCUGUGUACCAAGAACUGAAAAAUCUGAUACCAAAGUCUGCAGUGGGUACACUGUCUGCCAACUCCAGCAAUGUAAUCAACCUCAUCAUAGACGCUUACAAUUCUCUCUCAUCUGAAGUUAUUCUAGACAACAGCAAGCUCCCAGAGGGAGUGGAGAUAGAAUACAAAUCACAGUGUAAGAACGGAGUGGUUAACGACAAGGACGAUGGACGAAAGUGCUCCAAUAUCUCAAUUGGAGAUGAGGUCAACUUUAACAUCACUGUGACAUCUAAGGGCUGUCCAAAUGAAGGCAAGAGUGAGACCAUCAAGAUAAAGCCCCUGGGAUUCACAGAGGAGGUGGAGAUUAUCCUCAACUUCAUCUGUGACUGUCAAUGCCAGAAUAACGAUGUUGUUAAAAAAAGCGAAAAGUGCUCCUUAAAUGGGACCUUUGAGUGUGGAGCGUGCAGGUGUUUUGAAGGCCGUGUGGGUAGAAAUUGUGAAUGCAGCAGCAACGACAUGGCUACAGACGACAUGGAUCAGACCUGCCGUAAAGACAACAGCACGGACAUCUGCAGCAACAACGGUGAAUGCGUGUGCGGCACAUGCGAGUGCAAGAAGAGACCCAACCCAGAGGAAAGGUACAGCGGCCAGUUCUGCGAGUGUGACAACUUCAACUGUGAUCGCUCUGAAAACAAACUGUGUGGAGGGAAUGGACGAUGUGUGUGCAGGGAGUGUAUCUGCGACCCCAUGUGGAGCGGUAGAGCCUGUGACUGUUCUCUGGACAACAGCACAUGUUUGGCCACCAACAAGCAGAUCUGUAACGGCAGAGGAAGAUGUGAGUGUGGCGUUUGCAAGUGCACAGACCCCAAGUUCCAGGGUCCCACAUGUGAAACCUGCCCUACCUGUCCAGGAGUCUGCGCUGAACACAAACUGUGUGUCCAGUGCCGGGCGUUUGGCACCGGUGAGAAGAUGAAAACAUGCAAAGAGGAGUGCAGCUACUUUAACCUGAUUACAGUGAAGGACAGGAACAAGCUGCCGCAGCCCAAUGACUACCCUUACCCCGUGAUGCACUGCAAGGAGAGGGAUGCCAAUGACUGCUGGUUCUACUAUACCUACGCUGUCAACGACACGGAAAGGGAAGUCCAUGUGGUCGACAAGCUGGACUGCCCCUCCGGUCCUGACAUCAUCCCCAUUGUGGCCGGCGUGGUCGCAGGCAUUGUCCUCAUUGGCUUAGCCCUGCUGCUGAUCUGGAAGCUGCUGAUGAUCAUCCACGACAGAAGAGAGUUCGCCAAGUUUGAAAAGGAGAAGAUGAACGCCAAAUGGGACACGGGUGAAAAUCCAAUCUACAAAAGCGCCGUGACGACUGUGGUCAAUCCCAAAUAUGAAGGCAAAUGUUAGCUCCACAGUUCAGCUCUGCUAUCAAGUAUCCGACAGCCGCAGCCUUUACCGUAGCUUUGAGUUCUGACAGGAGCGUGCGGAGGAAUUUAUGUGCAUUUUUUUUCCUAUUUGCUUUAUCAUUACAGUGUAUACAUUUGCCCACUGAUUCAGUAUUUUUACUAACACUUGAUGAUAUGAUUUUUAUGCAUUUGUUGUAUUUUAGAUGUACAGUAUGUGUAUAUACUUUUAAGUUGCGUAUUAGUUCUCCUGCCGCUGGACUGGUACGGGCAGAGGACUUGGCUUUUUUUUUAGCAACACAGCGUAGACGCCAUGGAUAAUAUAACACGUGCACAACACUCCUUCAGCUUCUGUCUGUCUCUACUCGUCUGACUCUGUCUGCACUGACCUCCUGUGAGUUUCUGUAUGUUUGCUGACAGGGCCUGAGUUUAAUAUGUAAAUUCUUGGCCAUAUCAGGACAGUAUGCCGGUGUGUAUAUAUCGAAAACAACUGCAAUAGGAAGUACUGAGUAAUGUUGAGCAUUCGACUUAGAUUAGGCUAUUGCACAGUCUAUUAUACAGUAUAUAUUAUAUUGAGUGCGGCGUAAGAACAUCUAGUGAUUCAAAUAUCAUUAAAGGGAAUGCAUACCACUUGUUCAGAUUUUGAAAAUGUGGUGGUAAUGAACAAUCAAUGGAGUUUUAUUACUAUAAAAUAAAUUACUGCUUAACUAAUGAGAUAUGAUUGUAUAUGGUAAAUGAAGUAACUUUGACACUCAUUCUCAGGUCCUUUGCUGUCUUCUUUUCAAGUACACCAAACGCAUGUCCUGUCAGUGAACUGGUGAAGUUGCCCGUUUGAUCCGAUCGUGCUGGUUUGUUUUUGAGACUGUGAGGCUGAAACUGUCUUUGAAACGUCACAUGAAGAACCUCUGAAAUGUUUCCCAAACCCAAAUGCCUCUGAUACCACACUCAAGCCUUUUACAGUAUUAUUUUCAAAGUGCCUUUUAUCUCAGUAUCAUGUUCUCCCACAGUGCUGUUUAUGACUUAUUUAUUAAAUAAUGGACAA